AUGGCGGCUUUGGAGAACUUGAAGCAAAGGCUUGCAGCAGAGUCGGCCGGGUGCUGCGAUACAACCAGCGCGCGCCUGCUGUGCAAGAUCUCCACUUUGGAUUUUGGCCACGCGGUGGAGAUGGCCGUCGUGGCCACCGGCCUCAUUGCUGCAACCCAGCUACGAAAGUGGCAACGGCGGCAACAGCGGCCAUUCGCCAGUGGCACCGUCUCGGCGGACCCGAGAACAGACCUCUCCAGCCGCUACCGCUACUGCUGUGAGGUCGCUCUGCACUGGCUCAAAGGCGUGGUGUGGACUUGGGCAUACGCGUACGGCGGCCUAAUCAUCGUACGCGUAGGCCGUUGGGCGCUGCUGCUACUUCUCGCUUGGUCGUCCUCGACACGGGCACUGGGGGAGACCGGGAAGCUGACGCCUGAGGGGUCUUAUUGGCCUUGGGGCAGGGGAGGGGGAGGGGGAGAGGGAGAUCGAUGGGCUGCUGUGACGACGAGCGAUGACAGCCUAGCCGUGACGCUUGCUGUGGCGCUUGGUGCGGCUGCGGUUUGCUACACCCUGACCGGGGCUUCGUCCGUGCGGCAGCUUCUUUGGCAUCGCUUGCUCCGCGUGCCCUUGGGCUUAGCGGCGGAGCUCCUGAGAGCUAGCUGCGUCGCCGCCUCGUCGGAGAUCGCGCUGGCGCUAGUAUCUUGGGGGUUUUCGGUUUCGUCACCGUCGCUGGCUUUCCCGUACAAGGAGGGGCGAGAGGAGACGGCUUCCGCGGAAGGGACCCGCGCAUUCGCCUUGACGUUGGUCCUGGGCUUCCUGGGAGCUCUUGCCUGCGCGUUCGCGGGAGCGGCGGUGUCGUGCGUCGGUGGGAGCGUCGGUGGUAAGAGUGGCGGGGAAGAAGGGCGGAGGGGACGGCUAGAACGCACCGCGUCCUCCGCGACAAACGCGGCGGAGCCUCCGACGGGGGGGGGGAGUCGUUCUCGUACGGGCACAAGUUCCGCCGUAAAUGUUGCUGCCGGAAGGGAGGCCGGUCCGGGAAGGCGCGAGGGGGAGUCGCAGCGGGUGACGGCGGCGGCCGCGUGGCUUGUGCCUAGCGGCGCGCUGGGAGGGGUUUUCUACGCGCUGACCUCGGGGGGCGUGUUUCGAGGCGUCAUGCGGGAGUACUUGCUGGGGGCUGAGUGGUUUUCAUCCCCGGAUUCGGUCCGUAUGGCGCUAGCGAUGGUGUUCGCGGCGGUUUACUUGCUGCGCUCGUUGCCUCCGGUUGGAGGGUUUAACCCCCUCUCACCGUGCUACGCCCUCCUUGGGUUUCUCAGGGGCGAGCAUCACACCUACGCCAACGACCUGGCCGCUUGUUGGGAGGCUGGCCUCACAGCCGCCAAGAGGUGGAGGAGACGGGGGAGCGAGGCGCCAACACCCGCGACAAGCUUGACCGGCGCCCAACAGCAGCAGCAGCAGCAGCAGCGGAGCCGGAGGCAGCAGCAAGAGAUGCUCUUCGACCUGGCCAGGGCGAGGCGUAGGAGCAGCGGGGCGUCAGCAGCGACCGCCGCUGCUGCUGCUGCUGCUGCUCGUGUUCUCAGCCCGGGAAGAGUCGUGCCGCUGGAGCUCGCCUCCGCCAGCAGCAGCGAGGAGAAGAUGGCGUGGUGGAAGGAACCGGGAGAAGAGGGGGACGUCCCGGCCCCGCUUGCCGCGAGCCCCGCUGAGGGCAAGGAGUGCUCGCCGAGCCGGCGGCUCCCGUCGCCGGCUGCUGUUGCUGCUGCUGCUUCCAGCGCCGCCGCCGCCGCCGCCCUGCCUCCCUCUUCCUCUUCGGACUCAAGCGACCGCGGCGUGCCGAGGCCCGAGUCUUUCCCCGGCGGCGCGCUAUCCGACGACAGGGAACCGGGUGGAAGCGGUCGGGAUAGCGAACGUUUCGGUGGCAUGGAAGGCACCGCCUCCGGCGUUGCCUCCGGCACUGCCCCCACCGCCGCCGAUGCGAUUAAUGGCAAUAGUGGGAGUUUGCUCCGGCGUAGUAGGCCACGCGAAGGGUCAGGAGCCGCUCCCCCUUUCGGGACGGGCAUGGGCCAGGGACGAGCGACGUCGAUGCCUUCCUCGAUCGAUGCCGAACGAGGAACAAGGCCCGAGCACCGACGCCUAUCCCGCGGAAGCGCGUCGAUCGAGAGCAGCAGCAGCAGCAGCACGUCGAUCGGAGAAGACCGCCAAGGCCGGCCGGGGUCAGUCGGACCCCGAAACGGCAGAGAUGACACCGCGUCGCCAGUAACAGGUGCGGGCUCGGAAGGGAGGGUCGGCGGAGCUGGUGGUGGUGCGUCCGGGGGGGCGAGGACGGUAGGAGAUGCGCUGCGGUUGCUGUCGGAAGCGGUGGUGGCGGAGCGGUCGUUGUGGUGGCUUGAGACCUGGGCGUUACCGUCGGCGGUGGUGGCGUUUCUGGUCCGACAGGUGGUCUUGGAGAGCAAUCGGGCGUUCUGGGCCACCAAGGUUCUGGGGGCAUGGGUUUCCCACGGGCGGCAGGCGUUUCUCCUCUCGUUCCGUUUCGGCCCGGAAGCGGGGGCGUUUGCUGCGGCGGUGGUGUCGGCGGCGAGGGUGCGCCAUCUUGCGGAAAUGAGAACGCCGGCAUACCCGUUGCCGGGUCUUGCUCUGGGAUCCUUGCUGACCUGCCUCGGGGCGUUCGGUGGCAACGUUCUAGCCUGUCUGGUCACCGGAACCCGUAGCAUGGUGCUCACGGGGUUUGUUGUCUGGCCGGCGGCGGUUGCGGCGUGGGUGCUUGUCGGAGGGAGGCUCUGGGCUCCUAGGCCAGGCCGAGCGUUCUCGCUCCGCGACCUCCUGUCCCUGCCGGUGGCCCAUCACUUGCUGGUUUUUCUCUCGGAAGCGUUUCGCGCGUCCCUCUUGUGUGGUGCCAUCGAUGUCGCCCGGGACGUUGCCCCCCUGGUGGCUCCGGAGACCGCGCCCUGCCAUGCUCGAGCGAUGGUGUCGCUAUUCUUCGUGUCGGUGGCGCUGGUGCAGACCUCGCGGCGCGGAGGCGGGCCGCACUUCAACCCUUACUCUCUGCUGCACCGCGUGGCCUACGCUGUCCUCGGCCUGGACAAGCCGCCGGCGCCGGUGCCGGCGCCGCUGCUGCCGGCACUCCCGGCGGCGGGAGUUCCUAGAGAGUUCGAUGCGCGGGAUAUCGGAGGUGGACGUCGUGGUGUGGCGCAAGCGGGCGGAACGGGAACGGUGAACGGAAGCUGGAAUUCCACCGCCGCAGCUGCUGGUGCCGGGUUUGCCGCUGGUCCAGGCAUGUCGGCGAGCCGCCGCCGCCGCCGGAGUGACGAGUCCCACCGACUAAGCAGUAAUGACUCCAGUCGAAGAGGCCGAGGGAGGGGAAGCCGGGGUUCGUUGGCCCGUGGCCUGGGCUCCGGGAGACCAGCGCGGGGCCAGGCCGCGACGAUGACAACCGGGCGAGGGCGCUUCGCGCGAGGCGUGGUCGGGGUGUGGGGCCCCGGGAGGGUGGGCGCGCGGGGGGCGGGUAGGGCGCUCGUGUGGACCGCGGCGGCGGUAGCGGUGGUCGGGAUGAGCAGGCUGCUUGCGCUGUCAACCCUUGCCAUGGAUCGGACUCAGUUGGCAUCGCACGACCACCGACAACAUGAGCACCAGGAACAGCCGUGGAGGCAGCCGCCAACGGCAGGGAUGCCAAUCGAAGGCGGCGGCGAGGGCACUCCUGAAAAGUUCCCUGAUUCCGUGGUCGGAGGCGUUGAUGGUGUCGUCGGCGAUGCUCCUGCUUCUGCCGGCGCUGGUGCAGCUGGGGCGCGAAAGGGUGGCAUCCGGGGCUGGUAUGAACGGUUCCGGGGCGGAGCGAGGGACAGCGGCGAUACCUCUGGACGCCCGCCGUUGCCGCCGGUGCGUGCCGAGGUGGAGGCGGGGGCCGAAGACCUUGCCAGCAUGGAUCCCGCCCAGCUGAUCGAGCAGGUGAUGGCGGCGCGCACGGCUGCCGUCGAGGCCGCGGACCGCGCCGACGCCGCGGAGCUCGCGGCGGCGCAGCUCGCAAUCGCAUCCGAAGAGCGGACCGGCGCUUCGCCGGGCGCCGCCGCCGCUGGUAGAGGAGGAGGAGGAGGGAUGGACGGGAGCGGGGCUGAGCUCGCGCGGCGCUCCGAGGGUGGGGAAGAAGAAAGCGAGCGGGAACGGGAAGGGCUGCGGGCGGAGCCAGUGGACAGGACGACGGCGGCGACGGCGGCGGCGGCGGAGGAGCAGUCGAAGGCGCUUCUCGGCGCCGCGGUGGAGGACUACUCGUCGGUCGUGGGAGAGUUCUCGGAAGUUUCCAAGGCUUGGCUGGAAGAGGUGGCCGUCGCGAGCCCAACAGAGGGCACGGGCGAUGACGUGAAAGUUAACCGGCAAGCAGGGGAAGACGCUGCUUUUCAAGAGGCGAAACGCCACACGCCUAUCAAAGCACUACACAAGCAGCCGCUGCACGAGCCCCCCCCGGAUCGCGCACUAGACGGUGACAAUCUCGGAGAGGAAGCAGGUCGAUUAUCGCCCUCGCCGUCGUCGACUGCCACCGACGAGCGUCCGCCCGGUCUCGCUGGUUCGUCGGCCCUCGAUCACGCAAGCCCAGAGGGAAUCGGCGAGGACUCUUACGGGUCCGCGGCAGGGGCUCUUGAACCUGCUGUCCCCGCGGCGACGGCGGCGGCGGCGGGGACGGCUGUGUUGGCUUCCCCCGGCCCCUGGUUUCAGUGGCUCUUCGGCCGACCGGCUGACGUUGACGAGGGCCCCGUGAAAAAUCUCGCACCAGGGGGGGGUGACACCGCUCUUGUUCGUCCGGAUCUUCCAGAGGAUGUGGUCGAUGUGGGUGAUGAUCUGGACGCCGCAGCGCUCGAGCAGGCGGUAUCGACCCUGUUGAGAUUGCCGGAGAAUGUGUUGUCGGCCCCCGAGAGCAUGACGAGUGGCCGCGCCGAAGACGGUCCCAACGGAAAUAAUGCUCCUGGCGACGGUGGCGGCGGUGGCGGUGGUGGCGGUGGUGGUGGGACUAGCACGGGACGGUCGGAUGAAGAUGCCCCUGCCGAGAAUGUUGGUGGUGAUGCUGUCUCGGCUGGUGAAGACGGCGAUGUCGGUGAUCCGGAUUCUGUCGCUGGUGACGGUGGCGCGGGUCUACACGUGAGCGACCCGGAGGGCUACGAAAACGGUGUAGAUAGCUCGGGCGACAGCACCAGCGUUCAGGACGUGACCGCUCAUCUGGGGGAAGGAGGCAUGGCCGAUCUGCCAGGGCAAGGGUUGGUACCCCCAGAGGACAGCUCUCACAUGGAGGAAGGUUCGGGUGGGGGAGACGGGGGAGACGAUACUUCGAGUGGUGAAGGCAUUGGAGCCGAGGAUGUGGCGCCGAUCACCGAUGAGUACGUUUUUGCCGAUGUCGGCAGUGAGGGCGACGUUGUCCUUGACGAUGACCCCGAGGUUGAGGCAGGCGGCGUCACGAGUAUGGAGACUGAUUUGGCCGGGGGAGGCGACGAUACUGCUAGUGUGUCUCCCGGUGUUGAGGCUAACGGCGAAAGCGACAUGGCUAUAUCGAUUGCCGGGGUCGGCGCUUUUGAGGAUGGGCGAGGUGGCGUAGAAGACCCCGGUUCAUCCGAUGGUUCUAUCACCGGCGUGGCUGAGGGCGGAGAUGACCAUUCGGCUUUGUCGAUCGGCGACGAUGAGGAUUGGGUUGUUCCGACAGCGGACGACGAUGCUGGUGCUGACGAGGGUGAGACGCGUCCGCACCGGUCUUGGCUUCCGUGGCGCCGUCACCGACCGGCUGACGUCGACGAGGACCCCUUGACAAACCUUGCACCGGCGGGGGAUGCGGCCGCUCUUGCUGGUCCGGAUCUUCCAGAGGAUGUGGUCGAUAUGGGUGAUGAUGACGAUGCGUCGCUCAAGCAGGCGGUAUCGACCCCGCCGAGUUUGCCGGAGAGUGAGUUAUUGCCCCCCGAGAGCAUCACAAAUGGAGGUGGCGAAGGCAGCCCUGAUGGAACUGAUGCUCCCGAUGAUGGUGGUGAUGGUGGUGGUGGUGGGGGGGGGACUAGCGCGACAGGGGUGGAAGAAGAAGUAGCCGCUCAGCUCGGGGAUGGAGGUGCCAGCGAUGUGGCCGAUCCACCAGGGCAAGAAGGGAUACUCCCAGAGGGAAUUCCUCACAUGGAGGAAGGUUCCGGUGGGGGAGGCGAGACUCAGAGCGAUGAAGGUGUUGGAGCCGGGGAUGUGGCGACGACCACCGACGAGGACGUUUUUGCUCAUGUCGGCAGUGAGGGUGACGUUGUCCUUGGCGAUGACCCCGAGGGCGGGGCAGGCGGCGUCACUAGUAUGGAGGAUGGUUUGGCCGGGGGAGGCGACGAUGCUUCUAGUGUUUCUCCCGCUGUUGAGACCAACGACGACGGCCCUGCGACAUCUGGUAGCGAUGAUGAUACGGCUAUAUCCACUGCCGAGGUUGGCGAUUUGCCUCAUAAGCACGAUGCCACCGCUGAUUCCGGUUCGAACGACGAUACUAUCGGCGUCUUUUCGGCUGUCUCUACCGGCGACGAUGAGGCAUCGGGUGUUCAGACAGCAGACGGCGAUGCUGGUGCUGACGAGGGUGAGACUCGUCCCCGCAGGUCUUGGCUUCCGUGGCGCCGUCACCGGCCGGCUGACGUCGACGAGGACCCCGUGACAAACCUUGCACCGGCGGGGGAUGCAACCGCUCUGGCUGGUCCGGAUCUUCCAGAGGAUGUGGUCGACGUGGGUGACGAUGACGAUGCAUCAGUCGAGCAGGCGGUACAAUCUUUGCCGGAGAGGGUGUUGUUGCCCCCCGAGAGCAUCGUGAGUGGCCGUGGCGAAGACCGUCCUGACGGAACCGAUGGAGCCGAUGCUCCCGACGACGACGGUGGUGGUGGUGGUGGCAGUGUUGAUGGCGACGCUGUCCCGACUGGUGAGCCAGGCGAAGUCAGUGAUGAUACUGAUGGGGGAGACAAGACUCAGAACGAUGAAGGUGUUGGAGCCGGGGGUGUGGCGACGACCACCGAUGAGGACGGUUUUGCUCAUGUCGGCAGUGAGGGCGCCGUUGUCCUGGGCGAUGACCCCGAGGGCGGGGCAGGCGGCGUCACGAGCAUGGGGGCUGGUUUGGCCCGGGGUGACGACGAUGCUUCUAGUGUGUCUCCCGCUGUUGAGACCAACGACGACAGGCAUUCGUCCGCUGGCGAUGAGUCGGCUACUGGGGCCGGCGCUUUGGCUGAUGGGCACGAUGCCACCGCUGAUGCCGGUUCGAACGACGGCGCUGUUGGAGUCUCGGUUACCGACGGUGAGGCUUCGGCUGUCUCUACCGGCGACGAUGAGGCGUCGGGGGCUCUGACGACGGACGGUGAUGCUGGUGCUGACGAGGGUGAGACUCGUCCCCGCCGGUCUUGGCUUCCGUGGCGCCGUGACCAGCCGGCUGAGGUCGACCAGGACCCCUCGACAGGCCUUGCACCGGCGGGGGAUGCGGCCGCUCUGGCUGGUCCGGAUCUUCAAGAGGAUGUGGUCGACAUGGGUGAUGAUGAGGAUGCUGCGGAAUCGGCCCCAUUGAGGUCGCCGGAGAAGGUGGUCUUGGCCUCCGAGAGCAUCACGAGCGGCCGUGGCGAAGACAUUCCUGACGGAACCGAUGCUCCCGACGAGGGUGGCGGUGGUGGUGGCGGCGUCGAUGGCAACGCUGUCCCAACUGGAGAGGCCGGCGAUGUCAGUGAUGGAGAUGGCAGCAUUAGAAACGGCAUGGAUGACUUUGGCGAGGGCAGUAGCGUGGAGGCCGAGGCCGUUGAGGCCGCCGCCGCUCGUCUCGGGGAAGCAGGUACCAGCGAUCCGCCAGGGCAAGACGGCGCCCUCUCCGAGGAAAGUUCUCACAUGGAGGAAGGUAUUGAUGGGGGAGACGAGACUCAGGGCGAUGAAGGCGUCGAGGCCGGGGAUGUGGCGACGACCUCCGAUGAGGACGGUUUUGCUCAUGUCCGCGAUGAGGGCGACGUUGUCCUUGGCGAUGACCCCGAGGGCGGGGCCGGCAGCGUCACGAGCAUGGGGGAUGGUUUGGCUGGGGGUGGCGACGAUGCCUCUAGUGUGUCGCCCGCUGUUGAGACCAAGGCCGACGGUCCUUCGUCCGCUGGCGGUGUGUCGACUGCCGGAGUCGGCACUCUGGUUGAUGGGCGAGAUGACGCUACUGAUUCCGGUUCAGCCGAUGGUGCUAUCGCUGCUGCGGCUGGAGACAGUGAGGCGUCGGCUGUCUCUACCGGCAACGAUGAGGCUUUGGGUGUUUCGUCAACGGACGGCGAUGCUGGUGUUGAUGAGGGUGAGACGCGUCCCCGCCGGUCUUGGCUUCCGUGGCGCCGUCACCGGCCGGCUGAUGUCGACGAGGACCCCGUGAAAACCCUCGCACCGGCGGGGGAUGACACUGCUCUGGCUGGGUUGGAUCCUCCAGAUGAUGCGGUCGAUGUGAGCGACGAUCUGACCGCCGCAGCGCUCGAGCAGGUGUCGACUCCGUCGAGUUUACCGGGGAGUGUGUUGCUGGCCUCCGAGAGCGCCAUGAACGGCGGUGACGACGUAUCGACUGGUGAGGCCGGCGACGUCAGCGACGGAGAUGAUCGGGAUGCUGGUGACGCUGUUGCCGGCGACCUUGGCCUAGGUCCACAUGUGAAUCUGGAGGGAGGGGGGCGUACAAGCGAUUUGGCCGAUCCGCCAGGACAAGACGGCACCCUCUCCGAGGAAAGCUCUCACAUGGAGGAAGGUGUGGCCGAUAAUGCUAUAAUAUCUGGUACGGCUGGAGACGGCGAGGCUUCGGCUUUGUCCAUCGGCGGCGAUGAGGCAUCGGAUAUUUCGCCAACGGACGGCGAUGCUGGUGUUGAUGAGGGUGAGACGCGUCCCCGCCGGUCUUGGCUUCCGUGGCGCCGUCACCAGCCAGCUGAUGUCGACGAGGACCCCGUGACAAACCUCGCACCGGCGGGGGAUGACAGUGCUCUGGCUGGUUCGGAUCUUCCAGAGGAUGUGGUCGACGUGGGUGAUGAUCUGACCGCCGCAGCGCUCGAUCAGGCGGUGCUGAGUUUGUCGGAGAGUGUGUUGUUGGUCUCCGAGAGCGCUAUGAACAGCGGUGAAGAUGUCUCGACUGGUGAGGCCGGCGACGUCAGCGAUGGAGAUGGUCCGGACGCUGUCACCGGUGACACUGGGCCAGGUUCUCAUGUGAAUAUGGAGGAAGGGGGUACGAGCGAUAUGGCCGAUCUGCCAGGGCAAGACGCGGUACUCCCAGAGGAAAGUUCUCGCACGGAGGAAGAUUCUGCUGGGGGAGACGGGGCUUGGGGCGGCGCGGACGCCCGAGACGGGGAUUUGGCGACGAUCACCGAUGACGUUUUUGCCGAUGUCAGCGAUGAGGGCGACGUUGUCCCGGGCGAUGGCCCUGAGGGCGGGGCAGGCGUCGUCUCGAGUAUGGGGGCUGGUUUGACCGGGGGCGACGAGGAUGCUUCUAGUGUUUCUCCGGCUGUUGAGACCGGCGCCAAUGAUCCCGCGACCUCUGGCGGCGUGUCGACUGCCGAGGUUGGCACUUUGCCUGAUGGGGACGAUGUCAUCGACGAUUCCGGUUCAGCCGAUGGUGCUGUUGGGGCUGAGGGUGGUGAGUCUUCCGCUGUCUCUACCGGCGAGCACGAGGCGUCGGGUGUUUCGUCAAAGGGUGUCGGUGCUGCUGCCGACGAGGGCAAGACGCGUCCCCGCGGGUCUUGGCUUCCGUGGCGCCGUCACCGGCCGGCUGACGUCGACGAGGACCCCGCGACAAACCUCGCGCCGGCCGAGGAUGACGCUGAUCUUGCUGGUCCGGAUCUUCCGGAAGAUGUGGUGGACGUGGGUGACGAUGACGAUGCUGCGCUCGAGCAGACGGAAUCAACCCCUUCGAGUUGGCCGGAGAGUGCGUUGUUGGGCUCCGAGAGCAAUACGAACGACGAAAGCAGUCCUGAUGCUCACGACCGUGGUGGUGGUGUUAAAGCUGGUGCAAGCGAAUUGGAUGGAGAUGCCGCUGCCGAGUAUGCUGAUGGCGAUGCUGUCCCGCCUGCCGAGACCGACGAUGUAAGCGAUGGAGAUGGUCCGGACGCUGUGGCCGGCGACAUUGGGCCCGGCGGCGGCUAUGAAACCGGUCCGGAUGGCUUCGGCGAAAGCUCCAGCGUUGAAACUGCCGCCGCUCAUCUCGGGGAAGCAGGUACUAGCGACAUGGCCGACCCGCAAGAGCAAGUUGGCGCCCUCUCGGAGGAAAGCCAUCACAUGGAGGAAGGUUCUGUUGGGCGAGAUGAGACUGACAGCGUUGGGGACGACCAAGACGGGGGUGUGGCGAUGAUUCCUGACGAGGAGGGUUAUGCUGAUGAUGGCAGUGACGGCGAUCCUGUCUUUGGCGAUGACCCCGAGGGCGGGACAGGCGGCGUCACGAGUAUAGGGACUGAGUUGGCCGGGGGCAGCAACGAUGUUUCUAGCGUUUCUACCGCUGUAGAGACCAAGGCUGAUGGUUAUUCGACCUCUGUUACCGACGGUAUUUCGGCUUUGCCGAUCGACGCCGAGGCUGGCGCUUUGACAGACGGGCGAGAUGACGCUGCUGAUUCCGGUUUGGCCGGUGAUGCUAUUAUCGCUGGUGCAGCUGGAGACGGCGAGGCUUGGGCUUUGUCCAUUGGCGACGAUGAGGCGUCGAGUGUUUCGUCGACGGAUGUCGAUGCUGGUGUUGAUGAGGGUGAGACGCGUCCCCGCCGGUCUUGGCUUCCGUGGCGCCGUCGCCGGCCUGCUGGUGUCGACGAGGACCUCGUUACAAACCUCGCACCAGCUGGGGAUGACACUGCUCUGGCUGGGUUGGAUCUUCCGGAGGAUGUGAUCGACGUGGGUGACGAUGACGAGGCUGCGCUCGAUCAGGCGGUGCUGGGUUUGCCGGAGAGUGUGUUGUUGGCCUCCGAGAGCAUCACGGACGGCGGUGAAGACAUCUCAACUGGUGAGGCCGGCGACGUCAGCGAUGGAGAUGAUUCGGAACCUGUCACCGGUGACAAUGGCCCAAGUUCACAUGUGAGUCUGGAGGUAGGAGGCACUGGCGAUAUGCCUGAUCUGCCAGGGCAAGACGGCGCCCUCUCCGACGAAAGUGUUAACAUUGAGGAAGGUUCUGAUGGAGGAGACAGGACUCAGAGCGAUGAAGCCGUCGAGGCCGGGGAUGUGGCGACGACCAUCGAUGAAGACGUUUUUGAUGACGGCGGUGAGGGCGAUGCUGUCCUUGGCGAUGACCCCGACGGCGGGGCAAGCGGCGUCACGAGCAUGGGUGUUGGUUUGACCGGGGACGGCGACGAUGCUUUUACCGUGUCUCAGACUGUUGAGACCAACGCCGACGGCCGUGCGACCUCUGGUAGUGACAGCGAUUCGGCUAUAACGACUGCUGAGGUUUGCGCCUUGCGUGGUGGGUACUAUGCCACCGGUGAUUCCGGUUCGAACGUCGGUGGUAUGUGCAUCUUGGCUACCGAUGGUGAUGCUUCGGCUGUCUCUACCGGCGACGACGAGGCUGUGGGUGUUUCGUCAAAGGGCGGCGAUGCUGAUGUUGAUGAGGGUGAGACGCGUCCCCGCCGGUCUUGGUUUCCGUGGCGCCGUAACCGGCCGGCUGAUGUCGACGAGGAUCCCGUGGCAAACCUCGCACCGACAGGGGAUGACGCUGGUCUUGCUGGUUCGGAUCUUCAAGAGGAUGUGGUCGACGAGGGUGAUGAUCUGACCGCCGCAGCGCUCGAGCAGGCGGUGCUGAGUUUGUCGGAGAGUGUGUUGUUGGGCUCCGAGAGCAUCGCGGACGGCGGUGAAGACAUCUCGACUGGUGAGGCCGGCGACGUCAGCGAUGGAGAUGAUCGGGAAGCUGUGGCCGGUGACCUUGCCCCAACUUUACAUGUGGAUCUGGAAGACGGAGGCACUAGCGAUGUGGCCGAUCCGCCAGGACAAGACGGCGCCCUCUCGGAGGCAGGUUCUCACACGGAGGAAGGUUCUGUUGGGGAUGACCAUACUCGGAGCGGUGAGGACGCGAAAGUCGGGGAUGAGACGACUAGCACGGGUGAGGACCAUCUUGCUGAUGACGGCGGUGAGGGUGACGUUGUCCUUGGCGAUGACCCCGAGGGCGGGACAGGCGGCGUCACGAGCAUGGGGGCUGGUUUGGCCCGGGGUGACGACGAUGCUUCUAGCGCAUCUCCUGUAGUUGAGGCUAGCGACGAUGAUUCUUCGACCUCUGGUAGCGAGCGUGAUUUGGCUGUGUCGAUCGACGCCGAGGUUAGCGCUUUGAUGGAUGGGGAAGAUGCCGCUGCUGAUUCCGGUGCAGCCGGUGGUGCCGUUGGGGCUGAGGGCGGUGAGUCUUCGGCUGUCUCUACCGGCGACCGCGAGGCGUUGGGUGUUUCGUCAAAGGACGGUGAUGCUGGUGAUGACGAGGGUGAGACGCGUCCCCGCCGGUCUUGGCUUCCGUGGCGCCGUCACCGGCAGGCUGAUGUCGACGAGGACCCCGUGACAAACCUCGUAUCGGCGGUGGAUGACACGGCUCUGGCUGAUCUGGAUCUUCCAGAUGAUGUGGUCGACGUGGGUGACGAUGACGAUACUGCGCUCGAGGUGCUGAGUUUGUCGGAGAGUGUGUUGUUGGGCUCCGAGAGCAUCGCGGACGGCGGUGAAGACAUCUCGACUGGUGAGGCCGGCGACGUCAGCGAUGGAGAUAAUCGCGAGGCUGUCAUCGGUGAUGUUAGCCCGGAUCCAGGUGGGAGCGACGGCGGCGGCGACGAUGUCGGAGACGGUCUGAAUGACGUGGGCGAGAGCACCAGCGUGGGGACCUUUACCGCAAUUUCGGAGGAAGGUGCUAGGGAUGCCACCGAUCCGCCAGAGCCAGACGGGGAAUUCCUAGACGAAAUUUCUCACGAAGAGGAAGGUCCUGGUGCCGGACACGGCGCUGGGAACGGUGAGGACGCCAAAGCCGGGGAUGUGGCGACGGCCGCCGCUGAGAGCGGUUUUGCCGAUGUUGGCAGUGAGGGCGACGUUGUCCUGGGCGAUGACCCCGAGGGCGGGGCAGCCGGUGUCACGAGUAUUGGAGCUGGUUUGACCGGGGGUGACGACGAUGCCCCCGGUGUCUCGGCGGAUGUUGCGACCAAGGCCGACGAUGCGGCGACCUCUGGCGGCUAUGGCGACUCGGCUGUAUCGACUGCCGAGGUUGGCGAUUUGCCUGAUGGGCACGAUGCCAUCGGUGAUUCCGAUUCGAACGGCGAUCCUAUUGACGUCUGGGCUACCGGCGGUGAGUCUUCGGCUGUCUCUACCGGCGACGAUGAGGCAUCGGAUGUUUCGCCAACGGACGGCGAUGCUGGUGUUGAUGAGGAGGGUGAGACGCGUCCCCGCCGGUCUUGGCUUCCGUGGCGCCGUCACCAGCCGGCUGAUGUCGACGAGGACCCCGUGACAAACGUCGCACCGGCGGGGGAUGGCACCGCUCUGGCUGGUCCGGAUGUUCCAGAUGAUGUGGUUGACGUGGGUGAUGAUCUGACCGCCGCAGCGCUCGAGCAGGCGGUGCUAAGUUUGUCGGAGAGUGUGUUGUUGGGCUCCGAGAGCAUCGCGGACGGCGGUGAAGACAUCUCGACUGGUGAGGCCGGCGACGUCAGCGACGGAGAUGAUCGGGAUGCUGUCACCGGCGACAUUGGCCCGGAUCCACAUGUGAAUCUGGAGGACGGAGGCACUAUUAGCGAUAUGGCCGAAUCACGAGGGAAAGACGUCAACCUCUCGGAGGAAAGUUCUCACAUGGAGGAAGGUUCCGGUGAGGGAGGCGAGACUCAGAACGAUGAAGGUGUUGGAGCCGGGGAUGUGGCGAACACCACCGAUGAGGAGGGUUUUGCUCAUGUCGGCAGUGAGGGCGCCGUUGUCCUCGGCGAUGACCCCGAGGGUGGGGCAGGCGGCGUCACUAGUAUGGAGGAUGGUGAGGCCGGGGGCGACGACGAUGCUUCCGGUGUCUAUCCGGUUUUUGAGACGGAGGCCGACGAUCCUGCAACCUCUGGCGGCGGUGAUGAUGCUGCUGCAGUAUCGACUGCCGAGGGUGGCACUUUGGUGGGAGGGCGAGAUGACGCUGCUGAUUCCGGUUUGGCCGAUGGCGCUUUUAUCGCUGGUGCGGCUGCGGGCGGUGAGUCUUCGGCUGUCUCUACCGGCGACGAUGAGGCAUCGGAUGUUUCGUCAAAGGACGGCGAUGCUGGUGCCCCAGCGGACGAAACGCGUCCCCGCCGGUCUUGGCUUCCGUGGCGCCGUCACCGGCAGGCUGAUGUCGACGAGGACCCCGUGACAAACCUCGCACCAGCGGGGGAUGACGCUGAUCUUGCUGACCCAGAUCUUCCAGAUGAUGUGGUCAACGUAGGUGAUGAUCUGACCGCCGCAGCGCUCGAGCAGGCGGUGCUGAGUUCGCCGGAGAGUGUGUUGCUGACCUCCGAGAGCAUCACGAACGGCGGUGAAGAUGUCUCGACUGGUGAGGCCGGCGAUGCAAGCGGUGGAGAUGCUCAGGACGUUGUGCCGGAUUCACGCGGGAGCGACGGGACUGACAGCAUCGGAGACGAUCUGAAUGACUUGGGCGAAGAUGCCUUGGGCAAGAGUGCCAGCGUUGAGGCCGUGACCGAUCACCUGGAGGAAGGAGAUGGUAGCGAUAUGACCGAUCCGCCAGGGCAAGACGGCGAACUCCCAGAGGAAAGCUCUCACGUGGAGGAAGGUCCCGGUGCCGGACACGUCCCUGGGAGCGGUGAGGACGCCAAAGCCGGGGAUAUGACAGCGGCCACCGACGACAGCGUCGUUGCUGAUGUCGGCGGCGAGGGCGACGUUGUCCUGGGCGAUGACCCCGAGGGCUUUUCCGAUGACGCCGGCGUCGACGACGACGACGACGCUCCCGUUGUCCCGGUAGGCGGCAUCCACGACGCCUCCGCAGUGCCCCACGGUGACGAGCACGCGGCGGCGGAGGACCCUCCCACGAUCCAACCCCCGGGGGAGACCGAGGCCGCCGCUCGUCGUCGUAGCCGCUCGCCGAGCAAGCUUGCGCCAGAUGACGUAGCCCACGCCGCCGCUGUUUCUCAAGCAGCAGCCGCCGCCGCUGCAACCGCCGCUGCCACCCCCCGUGAUAACGCCCUUGAACUGGCCGCGACGGCGGUGCCCGUUGCCGUCGCGGGGGGCGACGGCGCGGCGGCAGGGUCGGCCCCGCCGCGCUCAUGGCUCAGGCCGAAGGCGCUCAGACGGCUCUUCAAGUUCGGCCGUGCUCCACACGGCGGCCAAGAGGGAAGCCAGGAGGAGGAGAGUCCCCGAAUGACGACGUCGGCAGCGGACGGUGACGGCGUCGGCACGCCUUCUCAGGCUGAAACCCCGACCGAGGGCCUGAGCCCGGCGUCCGCGAAGGACGACGAGGAAACGGUCGGUCUCGCUAGCGAUGCGGACGGGGCCGAAAGCCCGGCGUCUGCGGAGGAAGCGGCCGAUCUCGCCAGCAACGGUUUGACGACGACGACGACGUCUAGCGUGUUUGAUGAGGAUGAGGAUCCAUCGGCCGCAGCUCCUGGCACGGGUGGAGGGGACGGGGACGGCAGCGACAGGGACGAGGCCGGCACCCCCGCGCUUGAAUCCCCGCCGUCGCUCGAAGCUGGGCCAUCGGUACCAGCAGCCUCAGCCUUACCGUCGACCGAGGCUUCUUCUUCGAGGAGACGAGAAGAGGAAUCUCCGGGUGACAAGGCCGCGGCCGCGUCGUUGCCGACGGACCCCGCCAUCGAUGCCGCCGCCGAGGGUUUCUCGCCGACAGCAGCGGCAGGAAGCUCUGCGCGGGAGGCGGCUAAGCCCGCCGCACACGCCGCCUCGUUGCUGUCGUCAGCCGAAGCCGACGACAACGCGAGUGAUACGGCGGGGCCCCGGACGCCCAAGGAUGUUGGCUCGGUGCUAGACGUAGACGAUGGUGGUGAUGAUCGCGCUCCGGUUGAUGCCGAGAAGGCUGCUUCCGGGUCGCCGCUGUCGCAAGGCGCGGCGGCGGAGGCCACCGCUGCCGCGGCCUUGGUUGAGGACGGGAAUUUGCGCGGCGGCGUCGGGGUGGGUGUUGGUGCCGACGCAACCGCUUCAGAGGAUGGAAGUGAAAGCGACGACCGCGUGGUGCCACCUGCCGCCAGUAGCGGCGAAGAUCUCGGCGACGCCGCCGUCGGCAACGCCGCCGCUUCUUCCGAGGAUGGCCUUGGCGGCGGUGGGGGGGGGAACGGGGCCGCUCUCGAGGCCGGCACGUACGCGCCGGGAGGAGCCGAUGAGGGCACUAGUCCGGGGGGGGACAGCAGCAGUAGCGGCGAAGGUGGGGGUGGCGGUGGUGGUGGUGGUGGUGAUGGUCUCGAGAUGGGCGGCGAAGACGGCGCUGCGGUUGUUGGCGCUGGCGCGCCGACCGCGGGGCCCGGAGAGCAGGAGGUGCCGGCGGGAGCAACGGUACUUCUCUCAGAAAAAAAGGACAAGGACAGGGUGAUGGAGGAGGAGGAGGAGGAGGAGCGGGAAGGAUUGAGGAAUUUGGCCGGGGAUCGCGCCGGUGUGGAGAUGUCGCGUGAGGAGGAGAGCGAGGGCAUCUCGGCGGAAAGCGGCGCGCAGGGGGUGGAGAACGGAGAGGAGGAGAGUGCCGCGGAAUCGAAGGCGUGGUGGGCUCGGGCUUCCGACCGCCGAAAAGAGAAGGUCCAGGAGAAGGCCAGAAAGAAGGCGAGUGACCGCGCUGUCGCAGAGAGGAAGCGAGAUUUCAAGCGGCUUGAGCGCUCCAAGCGGCGUGCAAUCCGUGAGGCCGAGAGAAGGGACAAAGAUCUCCGUUUGCUUGACGAGGCUGGCCACCAGCAGGCAGCAGGCCAUGCUAAGGACGACGCCCCCGGGACUCUUCUCGAAACCCCUUCGGGCGUACCCGCGGCACAGGGAAAAUCUGCUGACCAAUCACAACCCGCCGACACCUCCGACCGAAGAAAAAAAGGCUCGGGAGGAGAUACGGGGGAAGAACCGAAGCCCCAAGGGGCAGACAACGGUCCCAGGGAACGCCGCGAUAGCGAGGAGGGGACGGAAAGCCCGCGUCCCCCCCCCGGGGCGGAUAAGGAUCUGGCGGCGAAGCAAGGGCAGGGGGAGGCCCCUGAAGACGAGGAAAUAAAUACGAAGAACGGGAAACGAACAGGAGCCAUAGUAGGGGUCAUCGCUGCAGCGGCGUACUACGGGGUAUGGGCGGCGGUUGCCAUUGCCUUGGGUUAAAAGGUGGAGGAAAUACGGUGAAAAACAAAAGAAGGGAUGGUGAUAAAAGUACCCAAGUUGUGAUGGCAUCUACGGUGUGGUGUCCUACGUUCGUGCAGCUUUGUCCCCGCAGCAGAGGGCGUUUUUUCUUUUUUUUCUGAGGAUCGGUCGGAGAUAUUGAGAUUUCUUCGUAAGGAUGUGGAGAUCGUGGCGAUGGGAGGACGCCGCAUAGAGGAAGAAAGCACCACGACGUUCGAUGUAGUUUCACUUUGUUGCCUAUGGCGUUUGUGAAUACAGUAUGACAAGUCUCCUCUCGUUUCUCGGUGACGUCGUCACCUCGUCCUCCGGCGGGACAGUUGUAAACUGGCCCGGCGAGUUGAUGCAUAGUUAUGUUUUGUGCGUGUUGAUUGCCGAAUGGAACUGGCAACAACAGCUGCAUGGUGAUCGUGGAUCGUGGUUUGGUGUUCAGUUUUUCCGGCUGGGUGGGGUCGACACACUGUUUACCUGAGUCGUGGCACCGAUGGCGCUGUGAAAAGUCGCCUUGGUUCGAGGGUCGGCGUUACGUUGGUGUGUGUUUUAUGGCGUCGAAACGACGUUUGUUUUCGGUACUCUCCAUUCCGCAGGCGUUCUCGUGUUCAGGAGUUGGUGGGACUACCAGAGAGAGGGGUUUGCGAUCGGGGAGGGUGUCUUCGUGGCUGUUUGCUUCAUGUGUGCACGUGCUCGCUGUUUGUAUAGUGGGCGAGAUCCUCUUAAAAGGCAGUCGCGGUGUAUGCCAUGCUCUCCCUUUUGGUAUUUUUCCGAGAAAGGCCGCAUGAUGACUUGAGGUACAUAGUGCUGUAUGUCGGAAAACGUAAGAAAAGCGUGUAUUUAUGCGCGUAUUACAUAACAGCACCCAAUUUUUGGAGCUCGCACCUUUUUUUUGCGGUAGAUAACAUCUGGCGCUCACGAAUAGAAGUUCCGCGUAUGCCGCCCCAUGUUCAUACAAGGUGGGUUAGACUCACCACACCGUUUCUACGGGUGGAUGGGUGGGUUUGCUUUCGUUUCAUGUUUUUGCGGCCACUUGUUGCACAAUCGGUUUUUUUAUUAUGUUCACUUCAGAUAUUUAGCCUUAAGGCAGCCUGCUGCCGAACAAGCGGGGAGGGUUCGCUGCGAGUGGUCUGUCGCAAACAACGGCCUUAAGGCCCCCGGGGUACGAUUGUUUUGUGGUACGAGUUUUGCCGGCGAUGGUAGUAACCGGGGCUCUAGUUGUUGUAAGUUUGUUUCGGUGCUCGUGCGUGAGAACGCGCAAGCAAAGGAACGCGCGACGAAAGGGUUUCGUGUUUUAAUGUAUAUGUUAUGCUGAUGUUGAUGUUGUUUCGGUUGCUCCGUUUUUUUAUCCGUAGGGUCAAAAGGAAAAAAACAAAUGAAGGGGGAGUGUCAGCGGUACUUGGUGCGUACGUAAAUGGCGGCUACAGCUAAGAAAAUUCGGCUAAUAAUUGAUGCAAUGAUGAUGUG